AUGGCAGACCUGGUGGAAAAAUCGAAAAAGCUGUCUGCGUAUGCGGCCGUCGACGACAACCUUCUGUCGUCGCACAGGGUGAUCGGCAUUGGGUCCGGCUCGACCGUUGUGUAUGUUGCCGAGCGCGUGGGCCAGGCCAGCAACAAGAACGACCUGGUGUGUAUUCCGACGGGCUUCCAGUCGCGGCAGCUCAUAAUUGACAACGGGCUGCGGCUCGGGUCGACCGAGGAGUACCCGGAGAUCGACAUUGCGUUUGACGGGGCCGACGAGAUCGACACCAAUUUGGGGCUGAUCAAGGGCGGCGGCGCAUGUCUGUUCCAGGAAAAGCUGGUGGCCGCGUGUUCGAAGCAGCUGGUCGUCGUGGCAGACUACCGCAAGGACACGGGCGUGCUGGGCAAGGGCUGGCGCAAAGGCGUGCCAAUCGAGGUGGUUCCGGCCGCAUACACAAAGGUGAGCCUGGACCUGGCGAAACUGGGCGGAAACCCUGUGGUGCGCUCUGGGCUGCCGGCCAAGGCGGGGCCUGUGGUGACGGACAACGGCAACUUCAUCAUUGACUGCGAUUUCGGCGAGAUCCCGCCCGCCAGAGUGGCCGAGCUCAACGCGAAAAUCAAGGCGUUGGUCGGUGUUGUCGAGACGGGGCUGUUUGUGGGCCUGGCCUCGAAAGCGUACAUCGGAAACGCCGACGGCACAAUCACGAAAAAGACGGUGUAG